UUAAAGUUUCAUUGUUUGACUAUCUGAAGUUUCUUAAACAGCUUUUGGGGAUUUCGGUAGAUUAGCUCCACCAGGUGACCGACAGUGCUCCAAAUGCUUCAGAGAUACGUUUUUGGGAGAGCCUCCACAAUCACAGUGCUUAACUUAACAUUUCGGGGUCAAAACUUGGUGAUGCAUAUCUGAUCUUUCAGCUAUCUAAAUGUACUCAAAAUAGCUGGUUGACUGCUGCCAUUCUUUAUGACAUGGAUAUUGCUGUCCUAGCCCAGAGGUUUUGUCACACAGCAAUCUGGAGAUUGCUGGUGAUCAUUGGCAUGGUAGUUGCUGUUUUAAUUGUUACUCAGGCUUUUGAACUACCCUAUUGGAAAACACUUCCUUUAUCUCCUCCUAGUAAGGGUUCAACAGCUAUGGUGGCUCGCAAUGCCACACUUCCAAACAAUUCACCACCAACUAAACCCUUUGUUGCUAAUCUCAGGGUGGACAAUGAUACUUUUGCUUCUGAUUCUGACAAAGAAGCUGGGUAUGAGAAUCAGACCAAAGAAACAGAUAAACAAGAUGAUCCAGCUUCAUAUGAUGACAAGAAUCCUCACAAGGAGGUCAAAUUUGAGAAGGAUUACCCUAAAGCAGGCACAAAUUUGACAUUAAAUGACGUUCAAAAUCAAGAUGGUAUUUUGCCAAUUGAGUCACAAGGACUUUCUACGAAAGGCAUGGGAAACUUUCAUGCGGAUUCAAGGAUUUCAUUCAUUGCUGAAAAUGCGUCUUCAGUAAGCAAUGCCAAACAAACCAUGAAAACGAAGCCCACGGAUAAGAAGACUAAGCCGCUGCAAGAAGUUUCCGUCACCUUGAACAAUAAAUUUACCAUUGUAAGCAUUUCCAAUCCAAUAUUGAAGAGGUUGCGCAAGCAGCCAAUAUCCAUAUCCCAGAUGAAUUCCAUGUUGCUCAACAGUCCUGUACCUUCUCGUCACAUGAGGCCAAGGUGGUCUUCUGUACGUGAUCGUGAACUCGUAUCUGCAAAACUGCAGAUUGAGAAUUCUCCUUUGAGGAGGAACAUUUCUGGGCUUUAUGCUUCUGUUUUUCGAAAUGUAUCCAUGUUUAUAAGGAGUUAUGAAUUGAUGGAACAUACACUCAAAAUCUACAUAUAUAGGGAAGGAGAAAAGCCCAUAUAUCAUCAGCCAGUGCUGAAAGGAAUUUAUGCCUCAGAAGGAUGGUUUAUGAAACUAAUGGAGGGAAACAAGAAAUUUGCUGUGAGGGACCCUAAAAAAGCUCACUUGUUUUAUUUACCCUUCAGUUCACAAAUGCUAAGGAUUGAACUUUCUGCAAAAAACAUUCAGAGUAAGAAGGAUCUGGAGAAAUAUUUGAAGAGAUAUGUGGAACUAAUUGCAGGAAAAUAUCGUUUCUGGAAUAGAACCCGUGGGGCAGAUCAUUUUCUAGUUGCUUGUCAUGAUUGGGCCUCCCGAGUCACAACGCAGCUUAUGGGGAAUUGCAUCAGAUCUCUUUGCAAUGCCAAUGUUGCUAAUGGGUUUAAAAUAGGGAAGGACACUACUCUACCAGUAACAUAUAUACGAUCUGUGGAGGACCCUCUAAAAGAUAUGGGAGGAAGACCUCCUUCACGAAGACAUAUUCUUGCCUUCUUUGCCGGGAGCAUGCAUGGUUAUGUUCGACCAAUUCUGCUACAGUACUGGGAAAAUAAAGAGCCCGACAUGAAAAUCUUUGGUCCAAUGCCACGCGAUAUUGAAGGCAAAAAAAUCUACAGGGAGUAUAUGAAGAACAGCAAGUACUGCAUCUGUGCCAGGGGUUAUGAGGUUCAUACGCCUCGAGUGGUUGAAGCCAUUUCCUAUGAAUGUGUCCCAGUCAUCAUCUCAGAUAACUAUGUGCCUCCUUUCUUUGAGGUAUUGAACUGGGAAGCAUUUUCCGUGUUUAUUCAAGAGAAAGAUAUUCCAAAUUUAAGAAAAAUUCUGCUGUCAAUCCCGGAAGAGAAGUAUCUUGCCAUGCAGUCGAGAGUAAAGAUGGUACAAAGGCAUUUCCUUUGGCACAAAAACCCUGUGCGAUAUGACUUAUAUCACAUGGUCCUUCACUCAAUAUGGUACAACAGACUUCUCCAGAUCAAAGUGUAACAGGAGCAUCAAACUUUGUCAACAGUUCAUGGGGUAUCCAGCCGCCAAAAAAAAAAAAAAGGAAACACGGCAUGUCAUUGUAAUCAAAAUGAAGCUGUAGAUAUUGAAAAAUGAACCAUUUUGGUCGACUAGCGUUUUUUUAGCUGCAUAAUAUAGCAUGUUAAUAUUUUAUGCAAGGAUGUUAACAUGCUAUGGCUCCCUUGC